GAUAACAGAAAGCAUCGCUUAGGUUAUCCUGCUCUGAGUAACGUUAUCUGAUAUGCCAACCGCCCUAAAAAAAAUAUAAGAAGAAGAAGAAGAAGAACGUUAUCUGAUGUGAAGCCGCUUUAUCGCGGAACUCUUGAUUAAUGACAUUGGAUCAUCGAUAAACCGUGAUCCUUGGACUAGACAGAGGAUUUAAACAGACACCCGUGAUAUUGCGCCAUAUUCUAGUAGUUAGUUAGCAUCUCUAGCUGCAGCUCUACCGUCACGACGCUAACGUUACACGGCUAACUGACCUCAGAGAAAUAACUGCUAACCAAAAUGCCGUUUUACUUUCUUUAACCGAUAAACUGGAUUCACCCGGAUGCUUGCUGAACACAAACACGCUGGACUAUUUAAACUGUCAGAUAUUGUUUUGACGCAGAAAUUGUUUUGAGAAGAAGUUAGCCUGGUUAGCUUUGGGCAGGCGCUUGUGGUGUUACUUCACAUACAGCAGCUGUUUAUACAGAAACUUUCGUAUUUCAGCUUAUAAUUCAGUUGUCGUGUAUGUUUGGAUACUAGUGCAGUGUUGUAUCAGUAAGUAGCAGGCUUGAGUCUCGCGUAAGCUGUAUGAGUGUGUGAUAGAUGAGAGUGAGAUGCAGUGGUGGUGAGGACGAGCUCAAUGCCGUGUGUGCUGGAGGAUGAUGCGGAUGAGCUGGAUGAUCACAGUCAUUAACAGAAGAAUGAUGAAGAUCCUGAUCGCCCUCGCUCUCAUUGCCUACAUCGCCUCUGUCUGGGGAACCUACGCAAAUAUGAGGUCUAUACAGGAACAUGGAGAAAUGAAGGUUGAGCAGAGGAUAGAUGAGGCAGUGGCACCUCUCAGGGAGAAGAUACGAGAACUUGAGCUUAGUUUUACCCAGAAGUACCCACCUGUGAAAUUCUUAUCUGAGAAGGACCGAAAGAGGAUUUUGAUCACCGGUGGGGCAGGAUUCGUGGGCUCGCACCUCACUGAUAAGCUGAUGAUGGAUGGUCAUGAAGUGACAGUGGUGGAUAAUUUCUUCACUGGCCGCAAGCGCAAUGUAGAGCACUGGAUCGGCCAUGAGAACUUCGAGCUGAUCAACCAUGAUGUGGUGGAGCCUCUCUAUAUUGAAGGAUUGGCCAAGCGAGUCGGAGCUCGUUUGCUCCUCGCCUCCACUUCAGAAGUGUAUGGAGACCCAGAGGUGCACCCCCAGAAUGAGGAAUACUGGGGUCAUGUGAACCCUAUUGGCCCCCGGGCCUGUUAUGAUGAAGGGAAACGUGUUGCUGAGACGAUGUGUUACGCCUACAUGAAACAGGAAGGAGUAGAGGUGAGAGUGGCUCGGAUCUUCAACACCUUCGGGUCUCGCAUGCACAUGAAUGAUGGGAGAGUGGUCAGUAAUUUCAUUCUGCAGGCUUUACAGGGAGAGCCGCUGACGGUUUACGGUUCAGGUUCUCAGACAAGAGCUUUCCAGUAUGUGAGUGAUCUGGUGAAUGGCCUGGUGUCCCUGAUGAACAGUAACAUCAGUAGUCCAGUUAACCUGGGCAAUCCAGAGGAACACACUAUACUAGAGUUUGCACAGCUUAUUAAGAGUCUAGUUGUGAGCCGCAGUCAUAUUCAGUUCCUUCCAGAAGCACAGGAUGAUCCACAGAGAAGACGGCCAGAUAUCCGCAAGGCCAAAAUGCUUCUGGGCUGGGAACCUGUGGUGCCACUGGAGGAAGGCUUGAACAAAACCAUCCAGUACUUCAGCAGAGAGCUGGAGCAUCAAGCCAACAAUCAGUAUAUACCCAAACCCAAAGCUGCACGGAUGAAAAAAGGAAGACCCAGACACAACUGAUGAAUUGUGUUGAUCUCAGGGAUGCUGGGAUACUGAAGGACCUUAGACGUCCAGCAACCAUUUUACAGCGUGGGUCUCCCACCUCCCACUUUCAGAUCCAUCUUUUUGAAAAAAUAAAUAAAUUAAAAAAAGGAAUUUUUCUGAUGCUUUUCGCAAAUGUUUUGAAAAGCAGCUCAGGCAGAGAGCUGUCUCUAAAGAGUUUGUUUUUCAGUCAAAUGUGCCUCAAAGAUAUCCGAUUUACAGACUUUGCCUUGCACUUUGGUUUGUCAGUCGUCUGUAUGUUAUUUAAAGCAAGCUUAGAUCUUCAUGUGCAUUUGUGUUGUGUGUUUACAUUCUGUGCCGUUUUAAUUGAUGUGAUCUUAUUUUUUUAUCAUUGUCAAAGCUAGCGUUGUGUUAUUGCUAAAUGGACACCUGUAGAAAAUUAGCGUUUGCAAACUAUUUAAAGAUCUCGAAUGUCUGGUCUGGAGCUGGAAACCUCAUCCAGCUCUGUCAAGAAAUUUGAGGACACGGAUGAAAAACAGCUUUGGAAAAUGUUCUUUCUGCUUUAAACUUUGUGAUGAUUUUGAGCAAAAGCUGUUGUUACCUUUGUGAAACUUCAUACAGAACUUUGAACCUAUAAUUGAUUUCAGGUGAAAAUAAUAUUUUAAUA